GUACCAACACCGGUGAAAAUCAAUUUAAUCAAUAUGCUGUCAGAGACGGGGCUUCAGGUUAUAGAGGCCACCAGCUUUGUUUCCCCCAAGUGGGUUCCUCAGAUGGCUGACCACACUGAAGUCAUGCAAGGAAUUAAUAAGUUGCCUGGUAUCAGUUAUCCUGUCCUGACCCCUAAUCUGAAAGGAUUUCAGGCAGCGGUGGCAGCAGGGGCCAGAGAAGUGUCAAUCUUUGGAGCGGCAUCUGAGCUCUUCACUAAGAAAAACAUCAACUGUUCCAUAGAGGAGAGUUUGGAGAGAUUCGAUGAAGUGAUGACUGCAGCGAGAGCAGCCAGCAUUCCUGUGCGGGGAUACGUUUCCUGUGUCCUUGGGUGUCCCUAUGAAGGGAAGAUUUCUGCAGCUAAAGUUGCAGAGGUCUCAAAGAAGAUGUACUCGAUGGGAUGCUACGAGAUUUCCCUCGGUGACACCAUUGGCAUUGGGACGCCAGGGAGCAUGAAGGAGAUGCUGACAGCAGUCAUGAAAGAGGUGCCAGUUGGGGCUCUUGCUGUUCACUGCCAUGAUACGUACGGGCAAGCUCUUGCCAACAUCUUGGUGGCGCUUCAGAUGGGUGUGAGCGUGGUUGAUGCUUCCGUCGCUGGCCUUGGAGGCUGCCCCUACGCCCAAGGAGCAUCGGGAAAUGUUGCUACAGAGGACUUGGUGUACAUGCUGAAUGGCCUGGGCAUCCACACGGGUGUUGAUCUGCAGAAGCUGAUGGACACAGGCACGUUUAUUUGCAAUGCUCUCAACAGACGAACCAAUUCCAAAGUGUCCCAGGCAUCUUGCAGACUGUGA